UCGAGCCAAUCCGAUAGGUAUAACUGCAAGCAGCAUGGUCAAGGGCAAUGGUUGUAACGACAGCAGUGAACAAGGAAGCAGCCAAGAGGAGCGGAACCUCGUGUCUAAGACAGAAGAAGUCAGUGGGGUUGAGCUGUGUUGAAAAGAAGAUUGAAGCAGCCAUGGACCAGGCCAGGUCAACGAUAUCUAAAAUUUUUAAUGGGGAGCCACACUCCUACACACGUUUCAACUUGACCCAAAACAUGGAAGGCGAUAACAGCCAGGUGGAGAUGAAGCUGUCGUCCGACAUAGAUGAGGAGGUCGGGGGCAACGGUGUGGGAGACCACCUCAAUCACAACUCCACCCGCAAACCCUACGUGGCUCAAAAGCUUGGACGCACACCGAAGAACCUCUGCUUCAUGGCUGCCACCACCCUCCUCAUCUUUAUCAUCGGGUACUUGAUUGGCUACCUGGUUCAUCGGAAGAAAGACGCUGCUCCCACGUGUGCAUUGUCAGUGGAACGUUUUGAAGGAGCUGUUGCACACGAGACGGGUGCUGCGCCGCUCAUGGACUGGGACGAUGUCAAAAACCUCCUCGCUCAAAAACUCGAUGCAGCCAGUUUUGAACCAGUCUUCAGGGAGUUUUCCAGUGAUAGCCACCGGGCUGGUUCUCCGGGUGACGAGGUACUGGGAAACAAGGUGAUCAAGAAGCUCAUUGAGUACGGCAUGAAAACCUGGACCGAUGAGCACUUUGUUAAGGUUCAGGACCCUCCAGCGUCUGACUCCAACAAAGUAGUUUUCAAUGGUACGACUGAGAGUCCAAAGGGAUUCCUGUCCUACAGUGCCAAUGGAAAAGUAAAGGGUGCUGUCUUGUAUGCAUAUUAUGGGCAGGAAAAUGACUUCAUGUCGCUGCGGGGCAAGAACAUCAAUAUGACUGGCAGAGUCAUGCUGGUCAGAGCCGGGAGGAUCAGCUUUGCAGAGAAGGUAGCCAAUGCUGCCAAAAUGGGUGCCGUUGCUGUGUUGAUCUACCCUGACACCAGUGAUUACCCUACUGGUGGUACUCCAACUGAGCUCUUUGGACAUGUCCACAUGGGUUCAGGGGAUCCCUACACCCCAGGCUUCCCCUCCUUCAACCACACCCAGUUUCCACCUGUCCAGUCUUCAGGCCUGCCAACAAUCUUGGCUCAGACCAUCACAUCAAGCAUGGCUAGCAACAUUUGGAGCAAGCUUGGAGGUCAGAACGUGCCGGAAGGGUGGCAAGGCCUCGAAGGCCCCAAUCUGGGAGACCAGAGCAACGUUAUUACCGUGGAGGUCAACAACGUUCUUAAUGAGAAAAAGAUAAUUAAUGUCUUCGGGGUCAUCAGAGGCUUUGUGGAUGCAGAUCGAUAUGUGGUUAUUGGUGCACAGAGGGACGCAUGGGGCGUAGGUUUUGCUACAUCGACCGUUGGCACCAGCGUCCUUGUUGAGCUGGCGCGUUCCAUCUCAGAUAUGGUGAAGAACGACGGGUUCAAGCCUCGGAGGAGCAUUGUGUUUGCUAGCUGGAGUGCUGGAGAAUAUGGGAGUGUUGGCGCCACCGAGUGGUUGGAGGGUUAUCUUUCCUCUCUGGGCUUGAAAGCCUUCUCCUACAUCAACCUGGAUGGAGCUGUAACAGGUCAGAAUGGAUUUAAAGCGGCUGCCAGUCCCUUGAUGUACAGCCUGAUCGAGAGCACUCUGAAGGAGGUGAACUCCCUAAACCCUAUUAAGACCCUCUUUUCUGAAUUUGCAAGGGGCAACUGGGAAUCAAAUGUGUUGGAGCCUCUAAAGUUAGAUAAUGCUGCAUAUCCUUUCAUUGCCUUUUCUGGCAUCCCCUCAGUCUCAUUUGGAUUCACCUCUGAUAAAUCGGAGUAUCAGUACUUUGGCACAUUGCUGGACACCCGGGAGAAGCUGAACAUGGUCACGGGCAACCAGGUUCCUCAGCUGGCUAAAAUAGUGACCCAGUUCGCAGGACACAUGGUGCUGAGGCUGGUCCAUGAUCAUCUGCUGCGGCUGGACGUGAUGAAGUACGACAAGAUCAUACGCACUAACGUGGCUCAGAUCAACGGGAAAGUCAAUACUGUUAAGAGGAUGCAUCCCCAGCUGUUGCCCGAGGCCCUGACGGUGAAGUGGAUGAUCUCUGCCUCCGGCUCCUACAGCCGUGCCUCUCGCAAGCUGGUGGCAGACAUCCAGAACAGUGAUCUGGAGGACAUCGAGAUGUGUCGUAUCAUCAAUGACCGCAUAAUGGCGGUGGAGAGGAACUUCCUGACCCCGUAUGUGUCUCCCAGAGAGGAUCCUUUCCGCCACAUCCUGCUGGACGCCGGCUCUCAAUCUCUCAAGGCUCUGGCCAACCACCUCGACCUCCUCAAGGAGGUCCACCCUAAUGCAGACGCCGACCUGUUCCGCUACCAGUUUGCCCUGGCCACCUGGACCGUUCAGGGCUGUGCCAACUCUCUAGCAGGGGACAUCUGGUCUCUGGAUAAUGAAAUCUAAAAAGUAAUCCCCUCCCCUCAUCCAUGGUUCAUGAUUUGGUCGUCUUAUCACAACUGGCAGUGUGAAAACCAGAAGGCUGUGAUGAACCAACACACAGAUGCGCAGCCUUUAAAAUAUAUUUAAGCUGAUUGAGAUGAAAGUGGAGCCGUUACUAAAUGGAUAAAAAGUCAUCACAUUUUUUCUGUCAUUUUCAGCAUUUGAGUGGCGAGCUCAUCGUCCUCCUUUCUGAGAUUCUUACUGAUAAAAAUGUACUUCAGCCUUACGCCUUAACAAAAAAUGUUUAGAGGGUCAUUUUCAUUUUUUCUCCACUUUAGAAAGAAAACAUCUUUAAUUUUUUUAACAUGUUGCCUUUACAUGCAGCAUUCUGAAUACUUUGGUGCUCGUAACAACUACCUUCAAAUGGCCACUUUGUGGCAGUAAAUUGGUGUUACCCUAUGAAUGAGUUGAAUGCAGUGCAGGGUCAGGUCAUAAUCACAGGAAUGUCUGUUUGGCAGCUCGGAGAUGAAUUAAACGCAAAAGGCCAGUAUGAUAUUAUAAGCUAAUGACUUUCCAUCGGUUUACCAAAAUGACUACAAAUCAAGCUGCUGAUAUUUCCACUGCUGCUGUCGCCUCAUGUUCAAACCAGAGCUGGUUUUUAUUGGUAGCUAUAAUUUCAUACUGUGCUGAAACCUGUUAGUCAACUCAUUGCCAAUACAACUCAGAAGUUGCCUGAAAAGGAUUGAAGAUGAACUUGGCAUUUAACUCUGCAUUGAUCUUUUAAGAGAAGUCCUAAUUACGUGCAACAAUUAAAAAUAAAUAAGAAUAAAAUAAAUAAACAUGAGGACAAAUCUCUAGGCCUUUUCAAAAACCAAGGGAGAAAGUCUCCAACCACGUGGCACUGAAACAACCGUACGUCUAUUUAUUGUGUUAUUUAUUUAUCAGUGGCAGGGUUCACUAUAAAUAGUUUUUUUUUAUUGUCUUUUAUAAAAAAAAAAUAGUGUAUAAUUAUCGGGAGCAGAGCCUUCCAUAAUUAUGACAGUUAUACUGUCGAAAUGACAAAAGCAGCAUCUGCUUAAAGGAAGUGUACACGAUGACCGACGGCCAGGACUGAACUCUGAACGCAGACACAACUCUGAGGUCGUUUCUCUUUUUUGAACUGACACUGGAUUGGUCUUUUAGGCAAGGCCAGCUGACAUAGCGCACCGCUGACUGUCAGUCCUGGUCCCUUGGUACAUGUACACCUCUCGUCCUGACAUUAUCGGAGGCAGCGUCUUCCAUAAUGGGGAAAAAAGAAGGUAGUUUUUGCCUACCAGUGUGUAUCCGUAUCGGAGGCAGUGCCCUCCAUAUUUCACUGUAGGAGUGGAUGUUUUUAUUAUCGGGAACAGUGUUUCCCAUAAUGCGUGUAUAUACAUUACUGCACAAAGUCCGCGUCGACUCUUUAUAAAAACGUGUCCCGUCUGUCUCUUUAGUAAGAGAAAGAAGCUGUCUUUAAAUUGUUCUGGGUUUAUUUUGUAUCAUUUUAAUCAAGCGCUGAAUGUGUUUUUUCUUUGGGCUUCGUGAUCUGGAACUGAUUUGGGAAAGGUUCUUCUUUACAGAAAGAAAUUGUUACACACAUGUUUGUGGGCCACAGCGGUGUGGUUCACUAUUUUCCAGAAAAGAUCACCUCUCAAAAAAUGGGUUUUGUUUUUGAUGCUUCAGUCGGUGUGAAAGUUGCAUUCGAUCUUCUAUUAUGUUCAUUCGUUGUUGAGAGAUUUCCUUGUGCCUUUUUAUUGUGUCAUGACUGCAUUAUAGAGCUGAAUGUCGACAUGCAGUACUUAAAGAGGUUUCGGGGAUGUGUAUUUGUCUUUAGUUUAGUUUUGACAUUUCUGUAUUUUUUCCCCUGUUUGCUAGAAUCAAACGUUACUAGUUUAAAGGCCUGUUAACACCUUUUUUAGAUAAAGUCACUGGAAGAAUAAAUGAAAAUUGUGAAAUGAAGGAACAAAAAUUACACUUAAUGUUACAGUAGUUAAUGUGGUCCUCAAUUAGCUAAUCUGGGCGCUUUAAAUACAUCAUGCCUCUGCAAAGAAACUGAAUGUAUUUGUUUAAGAUCAGAAGCCAUUUUAAAAUGAUCUAUUUACCAUUCACAGUUUGAGUGAUUAAACUGAUCUGCUGGGCUACAAUGAAGCACGUUCUAGAAGUUACUUUGCUCUUAUUGGCAUCUUGCAGAGGACGUAGAUGUAGGAAUUGGUCAUUGGUGGAAAAUUCUGACAACGUGGAUAAAGAAUGCGUUUGAAAAUUGUUAUAAAAAAACGUUACUUUUGUUUUCUCAAACUGUACACACAUUUGCUUAGCUUCAGUUUUGUUUCUGCAAUAAACAAUCACGUCACAA